CGCGUCCCCGCCCGCCGCCGCCCGCUCCCGCGUCCCCGCGCGCCCCGCUCUCCCCGCAGCAUGGCCCGCGGCCGCCGCUGCCUGGCGCUCGCCCUGGGGCUGCUGCUGGCGCUGGCGCCCGGCGCGCUGCGGGCCAAGCCCACGGUGCGCAAGGAGCGCGUGGUGCGGCCGGACUCGGAGCUGGGCGAGCGGCCGCCGGAGGACAACCAGAGCUUCCAGUACGACCACGAGGCCUUCCUGGGCAAGGAGGACUCCAAGACCUUCGACCAGCUCACCUCGGAGGAGAGCAAGGAGAGGCUGGGGAAGAUUGUUGACCGAAUUGACAGUGAUGGAGAUGGCUUUGUCACCACCGAGGAGCUAAAAACCUGGAUCAAAAGGGUGCAGAAAAGAUACAUUUAUGAUAAUGUUGCUAAAGUCUGGAAGGAUUAUGACCGGGACAAAGAUGAUAAAAUUUCCUGGGAAGAAUACAAACAAGCCACGUAUGGUUACUACCUAGGAAACCCCGAGGAAUUUCAAGAUAGUUCCGACCAUCACACCUUUAAAAAGAUGCUGCCUCGAGAUGAACGAAGGUUCAAGGCUGCGGACCUCAACGGGGACCAGACUGCCACUCGGGAGGAGUUCACUGCCUUUCUGCACCCCGAAGAGUUUGAGCAUAUGAAGGAAAUUGUGGUUUUGGAAACGCUGGAGGACAUCGACAAGAACGGGGACGGGUUUGUGGAUCAGGACGAGUAUGUGGCGGAUAUGUUUUCCCACGAGGAGAAUGGCCCAGAGCCAGACUGGGUGUUGUCGGAACGGGAACAGUUUAAUGAAUUCCGAGACCUGAACAAGGAUGGGAAGUUGGACAAGGAGGAGAUUCGCCACUGGAUCCUCCCUCAGGACUAUGACCAUGCGCAGGCCGAGGCCAGGCACCUGGUGUACGAGUCUGACAAGGACAAGGAUGAAAAACUAACCAAAGAGGAGAUAUUGGAUAACUGGAACAUGUUUGUGGGAAGCCAAGCUACCAAUUAUGGGGAAGAUCUCACAAAAAAUCAUGAUGAACUUUGAUGUACACCUCCAUCUCACAGUUAACUAUCAUGGAGUUUUCUUCCGUUGUCAUAGAUGGUUGCUACACUUGUCUCCUUUACAGCAUUGGGUCUCCCCCAAAGCAAGUUCAUAACCUCAGAUUGGCGUUUAAAUUGUUUUCCAUAAAUAUUUACUGGGAAAAAAAAGUCAUCACUAUUCUUCCAGUGAAUUUUCUUGAAACUUAUGAAAAUCUUGGCAAAAUGGGGAUGCACUGCUGAAGUCAUGACCAUUUAGCUUUUUCCACUAAGUUAAAGGAGAAUAAGGUUUUAAAAAAACCUGUUACUCAGAAAUUUCGGGGGCGGUAUAUUGAAAUGAGUGCUAUGUGUUUUAAGUGAAUUUUUUAACCUUUGCCACUUGUCUAGUUGGCAAGGGAACCUUCAGAUUAAGUGACAGUGGUAUCAUAAAUAGAGGAUUAUUUCAGAACAGUUUUAAUAUUUCAGAUUUUUCUUUUUUGACUUUAUACUCUGAACUGUUACUAUACAUGAUAUAUAAAACUGCUGUGCAUUUGCACAUUUUCUGCUAAAAACAAAAAAUCUCCACUUUUAACAAUAAGCAAUCAAGACAGAUAAUGUGAAAAAGAAAGGAAUUUCAAGUAGGGAAAAGAUGAAUGUGAGGUAUGAUGAACUAUUUGAAAAUGGUAAACACUUUAUUAUACUUGAGAAAUUUUUCUUGACAUGUAUAAGAGGUAUAUGUGAGUUAUGAAAAAGUGAAUAGAAAUGCAAUCUAUUUCUUCGUGAUCAUUCAUAGAAAUGAGGGAGUGAACUGUAGGGAACUAUAGGGAAACUGGCUGAACAGUCUAUCACAUCCCAGUCCUGGGGAUUUCCAGACCCUCAGAGCUGCACCGGGACAACUUACCCUGAGGAAUUAGGACCAAGUGAUAUUCCAAGUCAUUGGAUGAACUGACUGAAACAAAUUUAAAUGUAUUGAAAUUCUACAUUCUAAGUAAAAAGUGAGUAAAAUAAAGGACUCUCCCCACCCAGGAGAAUCUUCUACUGUGUCUUGUGGAUUUUGACUUUAAUUUGUACUAUUUGUGACAUCAUCCAAAUGGAUUUCACAGUGGGUUACAUGAGUAUGGUUAUAAAAGCUCUGCUCUUUUGGAUCCAUAUUUAUCAGAAUGACCAUAUUUCUUUAAUUAAUACACACUUUCUUCACUGUGCUAGCCAGUAUAAACUAAAUACUAGUUUACAGGUAUUUAUCAUCAUAAGCACAUUCAGAGAUAGGUUUAAUUAAGGAAAAAAAUCUAGAUUUGCUUUCAGAAGCUUAUGAAGCCAUCAAGUCCCUUCCUACUUCAAUGGUGUCAUUUUCUUCCUACCCUCCCUCUCACCUUCCCUGGCCAGUUUCACUGAAUUUCUGCUCCUUAGACAAACACCAAGUUCAUUCCCAGAUUGAACCUGGCACCCCCCAAGAUUCAGAACCUGCAUCUCCUAUAUCUUUAGAUGUCAAAUGAUACCUUCUCAAUGGGCCUGCCAGAUUCUGCUACCCAAAGCAGUUCCCAUUUCACAUCCUACUUCAUUCCCAGUGUUCUUUUCUUGGCACAAAUUAUUACUAAGAAUUUUAUACUUACAGUUCCCUAGGGCCGCUGUACAAAUUUCCAAACAUAGAACAAAACCUUGAUCUUAGUUCUAGAGGCCAGUGUAGGAGAGCAAGAUGUUGGCAGGGCCAUGGUCCCUCUGAAGUUCUAGAAGAGAAUCCUUCCAUCUUCUGCCUGUUUUCCCCUGGCCUGCACUUCUCUUUCCUCUAAGUAUCUCUUUGUAGAAUAUUUGUCAUCAGACAUAGGGCCCACCUGAACAAUGUAGGAUAAUCUCAUCUCAUAAUCCUUAAUUGUAUCGGCAGAGACGGAAGCAUUAGGAGAUAGACAUAUCUCCUAAUGGGGUGAGGGGCACCAUUCCACUAAUUGGAACAUCUGACAUUAUCUUAUUUGUAAGUUAUCUCCCUGAAUGAAAACCAAGAGAGCAAUAAUCUAGUCUGUCUGAAUUAUUGUUUUCUAGGACCUAGAUAAUAGAUACUAGUUUGACAGUAAGUACUCAGAAAUUACUUAUACAAUGAAGUUGUUGGCUUUAAUCAAAGAGAAUAUUCCUUGUGAGGUGGGGGGAGAAUUUUUUUUCUUAAAAAAUAAGAAACCCUACCUUUAACAGUAUUGUAAACCAGGGUGUUUAAAACAAUCAAUGAGCCUGUCAAGGAGGCUGUCCUGGAGGGCUGAUGGAACCUGGGGACUUUGGUAGAGAGACAGUGACACUGGUGGUGGGACUGGUGUUGGAACACUGUAUAUCUGUAAAUCAUCAAAAUUUUUUAAAAACCAAAAAAAUAGUUAACUUUUCCUGCAGGUGAUUUGCCCUGGAUUGGAUGGUGAUAAAUGGCAGGGCAAGAACUCAUAUCUGUAUGUGCCUGGCUUAUAAAUCUCUUUGCUACAACGUUUACUCCUAAGUCUGUUUGAUUUAUUUCUUUGUUCAUUCAUUGUAAACGAUUAUGUGGCCAAGAAAUGGAAAUAACUCCUCUUACCUAGAAACAGCCUGAUACCUUUUUUAAGAAAGCAAAGAAAACAUGUCUUUAAAGGAAAAAAUCCUAAUUAUAAACAUAACACUUAAAAAGGUGCUAAUAUUUUUCUCCCAAAGGGGGAAAUAGUGCUUGAUUUCUGAAGUUACAUGUAAAAAGAUGCUAAAUGUUAUUUUGAGCAUUGUUUUUCUUUUCAAGUCAAUGCACAUAAAAAAAAAAAACUCUCAAAAAGGACUAGUGAUUCUAAGCCUGAAUUUAACAUAAUAUAUAAGGAAAGAAAAUCUUAGCCAGGGGACAUAACUGUUUGUGUGGCGAUUCAUAAAGUCUUAGAUUUUUAAUAGGGUCUGACUGUUACAAGGUAAACAUAUUGUGUUUCUAGGUAAUAUUUCAAGUCUGAUUACGAACAAAUGAUACAAAAUUGAUCUGUAAUGGGAAGUACUGUAAUGUCAUAAAAAUGUCAUCUAUAUACUUGCUAUGACUGAAAGCAUUAAUUGCUAGGAGCUAAAAUCUGUCCAAGCAAAACAUGAACACACGUUAUAUACCUUUUGUCUCUUAAAAAUGAAUUUUGUUUCUUACAAAAUGAAUUUUGAAAAAUGGGUUUCAAAUGAAUUUGAGUGUUAACAAAAAUGUGGUUUAAAAUAUCAGGGGCUGAUGCUAGUUAGUGUUAGCAUGUGUCCAACCUAGGUUCUAUUCCUGGCACCACAAGAUCCCCCCCAGCACUUCUUGGGGGCCCAGGUAAUCCCUGGCACUGCAGUGCUGUUCAGGCCCCUUGCGCUUAGCCACCACCCAGUUGGCCAAGAGUUGCUGGAGGACAGCCCCCCUCCGUCCUGAGCAGUUCUUGGGAGUCUUCCCUCCCCCCAUCCCUAUCCCCUCAAGUGAGAAUACCUGCAAGUUUUCUUCACUUUUGGAUUAUUGCAGCAGUUUCUUGUUAGUAAAGCAUGAAUCAGAUCUGGUAUAUUUUCCAAGUUAUAAUAACUGCAUGUUGUUAGCUGCUUGUUAGCUGCUCCUCUAAAACACCUAGAGUAAGCAGUGAAUGGCUGUUUUUGUUUGUAUUGUUUUUAUUUUAUUUUUGAAUUUUAGAUUUUAUUCUAUGUUAUUUUGCCACCUCUAAUAAAACCUGGCUCCUUUCAAGCACCAACA